CAUUUUCUGUUCGAGUCGGUUAAGCUACAGCAGAACCCCCAAUUUUUAACGACGUGUUCGGAAACCCUCCGAUUUCUGAAACCAAAACGCACUCGAGGGAUCGUAGCGGUUCUGAAAAUGCAAGGGGGAAGGGGUGGUGGCGGGCGUGGUGGGAGGGGUCCUUUUGAUUUCAACGAUCCUUUCGCCAAUUUCGGAGGAUUCGGUGGAGGAUUUGGGGGGCAAGGGAGCUUGAUGCCCGGCUUUUUCGGAGGGAGGGAUCCGUUUGAUGAUCCUUUCUUCACUCGCCCGUUCGGAGGGAUGUUUGAGUCGGGCUUUCCCGGCAUGUUUCCCGGAAUGUUUCCUGAUAUGAAUGGAGGACUUUUUCCGAGAAUGGGGCCGGCUGGGUUUAUUGGCAAUCAGGCUCAGGCUCCGGAGCCGCGGAGUUCCAGGGCUCCGGUUAUUGAGGAGCUGGACUCUGAUGAUGGAGAGGAAGAGGGUAGCAAUGAGAAGAAGGAGAAUCCGAGAAAGCGCGGCGGGCCCAGCAAUGAUCCUUAUGUUGAGCACCCUGAUGAUGAUGAUGAUGAUGAUGAUGAUGAUGCAGUUGAAGAGAAGAAGAGGAGCAAGCAUCUGGGGUUCAGAGGCAACUUUGAUCAGUUUGGGGCCAUGCAACCACGGCCUCAAGGUCAUAGCUACACGUUUCAGAGCUCCAGUGUUACUUAUGGUGGUGCUAAUGGUGCAUAUUAUACUUCUUCCAAGACAAGUAGGAUGGGGAGUGAUGGGGUUGCUUUUGAAGAAAGCAAGGAAGCUGAUACCUCUUCUGGGAAAGCCACACACAGGGUAUCUAAGGGGCUCCACAAUAAGGGCCAUUCUGUCACUAGGAAGCUCGCAGAUGGUCAGGUAGAUACAAUGCAGACUUUGCACAACCUUAAUGAAGACGAGCUUUCUGGUUUUGAACAAGCAUGGAAAGGAGCUGCUCAAAAACACAUGCCUCGUUUGCAUGAUCAAAUUGCGAGUUAUGACAAUCUAGGGGAUAGUGGUAGUCGACAUGGGCAAGCCAAUCGUGGAGGUUGGGCACUUCCUAGUAAUGAGUUUGUACAGAACUCUGGAAAUAUGAUAGGAGACACUCAAGGCAGGGAACUACCUUAUCAGUUGCAGCAGUCUGGUAAUAAGACAGUUGGUGGUGGAGACGGGAACAAUUCCUCCCGUGGGAGAGCCGAAGAUCAAAACUAGGACUUCGAGCUCAUUGGCUGGGCCUUUCUGGUCAUUUGAGAAGUACUGAAGUAGUGUCUUGUUGCAUAUUGGGGAAUGCAGAUUUGAGGUCCUGGUGGAAGACUGUCAGUUGUUAGUAGGGCGCAUUCUGUUUAUACUCUAUAUCGUUUUUAUCUGUGCUUGACAAUGCUGUAAUCAUACGUACUUGGAUUCUCAUGUCUGUACAAGUUUGAUGACUGCAGUUAUCGUUUCUCAUCUACGGUUAACCUAAUUCACUUGCUCAUUUA